CUCAGCGGUGCUCGAGUUAAAGUAUAACUUGCCAGAAGAGUCGCCCUCUCCCCACCUCGGUGCUCUUCACAUGAGGAAAGGAAGCGAUGGCUCUCCGUCCAGCUGUAGAUGCGAAAAUACUCAUUAUCGGAUGCGGGAUUUCAGGGAUCGGCGCUGCACAGCGGUUAAUGCAGCACGGCUUUAGCAAUGUGCGUAUUAUCGAAGCCACGUCCAGAAGCGGCGGAAGGAUCAAGACAGGCAGACUCGGCAGUAAUAUUGUAGAAAUAGGUGCCAACUGGAUCCAUGGCCCAUCACAGGAGAAUCCGGUGUUUCGCCUGGCCUGCCACUACCAAUUACUCAGCAAAGAGUCCAUGUCUGAGGAGAAUCAGUCAGUGGACAUUGGUGGUCACCCACCUUUUGUACCUAACUGGUUUUCCAGCUCAGGCAGGAAACUUGAUCCUGAGGUGAUGGGACCUGCAGUGGAACUCUUCAUGACAUUGUUUGAGAAGUGCCAGGAGUUCCACGCCAGUGGUGAAGAACCCUUGCCUACUGUGGGGGAGUUUCUUAAGAGAGAGGUCCUCCGGAUAGCCCAUGAGGAGUGGGAGGAGAACCAGGCUACCAAAGAUCUGAAGCUUGCUCUUCUGAGCACAAUGCUGAAGCUGGAGUGCUGUGUUAGUGGAACACACACUAUGGAUGAUGUGGGCCUUGGAGCUUUUGGCAUGUACAAGACACUUCCAGGACUGGACUGCACCUUCCCAGGAGGUUAUGAUGGCCUAAUUAAGCACAUGAUGAAUGAACUUCCCAAGGACAUUGUUUUGUACAAUAAACCAGUUAAGUGCAUUCACUGGAAUAACACCUACAAGCAGUCAAGCUCAAAAGGAAGGACAUACCCUGUUACUGUUGAGUGUGUUAAUGGAGAGGCUUUUGAAGCAGAUCAUGUCAUUGUUACCAUUCCACUUGGCUACUUGAAGAAGUAUCAGGACACACUCCUACAUCCUCCUCUGCCACUACACAAAUUGCACUCCGUCCAGAGGAUGGGUUUUGGGACCAACAAUAAGAUUUUCCUUGAGUUUGAGAAUCCAUUCUGGAGUGAAGAUUGUGAAGUUAUCUACCUCGUAUGGGACGACGAGCCUGAUCUUGUGGAUGCUUUUUCUGAUGUGAAGACGGCCUGGAUCAGAAAGCUGGUUGGGUUCACUGUUCUGAAGCCCAUGGAAAGGUUUGGCCACGUUCUUUGUGGUUGGAUUGCUGGGCAUGAAUCCGAGUACAUGGAAACUCUGACAGAAUUUGAAGUGCUGCAAGCAGUCACUCAGCUCAUUCGCAGGUUUACAGGAAAUCCAACUAUUGCACCAAAGAAGCUUCUACGGUCCCAGUGGUUCCAUGACCCAUACACUUGUGGAUCCUACACCUACGUGGCCAAAGGGUGCUCAGGUUAUGACAUAGAUAACCUUGCAGAGCCUCUUCCCCUGCCAGGUUCAAAUUCUCAGCCAUUACAGGUGAUGUUUGCUGGAGAGGCCACACACAGAUCCUUCUUCUCUACUGUCCACGGAGCCCUGAUAACAGGCUGGAGAGAAGCAGACCGUCUCCGCACUCACUACACUGCCCUGUCAGGACAGAUGACUUCAAAACUGUAAAGAGUGGUGUGUGCACUUUUAAGGUGUUUUUAAUAACUGGCCAACAGCAAUGGCUUGUUACCUCCAACUCUGGACACCGAAUGUAAUGAAAAGAUGAAAUUAUUUUAUCUGGAACAGUUACUCACAUUGUGAUUUUUAUGUGAAAAUGUGAUUGUGUCUUUGUCAUUUUCAGAAAAUUGUUUAAAAUUCUGUUUUGCACACUACCUGUAAUCUGUUGAUAGAAUAAAUGCCAUCGAAAGCUGAUUUUCAUUGAAAUCCAAA